CCAAGUGAGGAAACACUAUCGCAGGGAGCUGUCUGCACCGGGAGCCGAUCACAGACCGCAGCCUCCAGGCUGGGCACACAGCAGGAGGGAGGCAAAGAAGCCCCCCAGCCAGGCUCAGAGGACCCACAGGGCCCCAGCAGCCACGGCAGAGAAGAGGCCUCAGAAAAGGGCCUCCCUCCUGCCGUGGUUAAUGACAAAGCUGCGUGGGAUGCCAAAACCCGGAGGUUCACCGAUUUGCAGACAGAGCAGCUGGAGCAGCGGCUCCACCCAACCGGUGGUUCGAAGGGAGAAACGAAAGAAAGGGUAAAAGAUCCAAGCCCGGAAGAGGAAAAAACUACAAGGAGCAACAUGGACAAAGAACCUCUGACGGCUGUCCCGGAUAAAGAUACAAUGAGUGACGGAAACUCAAACAUUACUUCAGAAGUACCAUCUGAAGUAAACGAGAGAGAAACUGGAAAGAGACAUGGAGCAAGUCAUGAGAACCUUCAAGAUUCAAAACAGGAGGAUGGAGAAAUAAUUACCCCCCAUAAGGUGCUGCAUAUGGAUGCAGAGAAUGGGGGAAUCUCACCAGCAGAGGAGAUGAUGCCAGACCAAGCACUCGAGGAACAGUUACAGUGUCUGCAGACAGAGGACACCAUAAAAGAUACUACAUCUCAAGUACAGAAACAAGCCAUUGGAGAGUCUGGAUCUCCAGCUAAGAAGAGCACACCGGAAAUGACCAGCUCAGCAGAAGACCAAAUCCAAAUACCAUACAUGGAAAAGUUAGAGACUACUUUUGAAGAGUGCUGGGAUGAAUACAUAGUCCCAGCUGCAGAUGAGCCACAUGAUGGAGUCAGCGUUUCCGAGACGGUGUUUCCCUCCCUUCUCUCUCAUCCUCAGGCCCACUUUAAGCUCAGCGAGCAGCACCAUGCACAGACCAGCUGGCACUUCCCUGCAGGACCUGGUCUCACAGAAGAGGUGCAGUGCCCACUUAUAACUUUUCCUUCUAUGAGCUAUUACCCUCCUGUAGAGCCAGCACUUCCCUUGGAAGUGAUGUGGAGAGUCUGGGUAGAGAUGGAUGAGAGUGCUGCUUCAGCAGAGCCUGCACUCAUACCCUUCACAAAUGCAACUAUGGACUUCACUGUAAUGUCCUACAACAUUCUUGCUCAGGACUUACUAGAAGCCAACCAACAACUGUAUACACACUGCCCCCUGGAGGUGCUGGAUUGGCAUUACCGAUGUAACCUGCUUUUAAAGGAAAUAGAACAAUGGCUACCAGACAUUUUGUGUCUUCAAGAGGUUCAGGAGAACCACUACCAUGAACAGCUGCAUCCUGCCCUGUCUCAGAUGGGCUACACUUGUGUGUACAAGAGGCGUACAGGAACAAAGACAGAUGGAUGUGCUACUUGCUUUCGUAGCAGCUUCUCUCAAGUGGCUGCCACUCACCUGGAGUUCUUCAAGCCUGAGACGGAGCUGUUAGACCGGCACAAUGUGGGCAUUGUUUUGCUUCUUCGGCCACUGGUCAACUGGGGUUCACAAGUGAAGGAGGUGGGCCCGCCGCUCUGUGUAGCCAACACCCACCUGCUUUUCAACCCCAGGAGGGGGGACGUGAAGUUGGCUCAGUUAGCAAUAUUGCUGGCUGAAAUUGACAGCAUGAUCAAGUCCUGUAAGGCUAAAGGUGAACACUGUAACGUAAUAAUGUGUGGAGACUUUAACUCUGUCCCACACAUGCCUCUGUACCAGCUGAUCACUACCAGCCAACUCCACUACCAAAACCUGCCAGCAUGGAUGGUAUCAGGUCAAGAAGAUCUGUCAUAUAAGGCCAAUUGCCACAGACUGUUGGCUCCACUUUGGCCCAGCUCUCUGGGAAUCACUGGCAGCUGCCAGUACACUACUGCCAAUGAGAUAUUUGAGAGACAGAAAUCAGGGAAAUGUCAGUACAGCCACGACUUCAUGCUGCAGCUGCGCUACUGUCCAGCUGCUUGUGUCCGUCCUCAGGGCCUGGAAGAGAUUCCAGGGGUGACUGACAUCACACCAGAUGCUUCAAGGGCAAAUCAUCUUGAUGAUAAAAGGUUCAGACACACAGUCUGCCAUCGGUUAAACCUAGAGUCUGUUUAUAAGCACAUUCUCCCAGGUUCUGGAAAUCCAGAAGUGACAACCCUGCAUUCGGAGGUCGGACAUACAGUCGACUACAUCUUCUAUUCUCCAAAACGUGUUCUUACUGGUCGACAUGCUUGUGCUAGCUUUCUGAACGAUGGCCUGAAACUCAUCGGGUCUCUUUCUCUUCUGUCUGAGGAUGUCUUGUGGUCAAUGAAUGGCCUUCCCAAUCACAUAUUCCCCUCGGACCAUCUCAGUCUUCUUGCCAAAUUUCAGCUGGAUCUCAGUAGUGCUUGACAGAGAGAACUGUGAUUGAGUGUUGAAACAUAUUUUCUUUCCAACUGUUCAUUUAUACAUGUUUUUGUUAUAAAUAAAUUUUUUCUGCUUCACUUCUGGCAACAAAAGCAUAGUUUUGCAACUGAAUAGACCUUAAUUUUUUUUUUUUUUCCCAAAUAGCAACGUAAAUAAUGGACACCAUUAUUCAGUCUACUUUUUUGUGCUUUUCAGUAGAUAAAUACUGAAAUGUGACAA